AUGAGGACGCUGCUGCCAAGGGUUUCCCCUGGUACACGGCGAGGAGAGAGGAAGGGUAGCCCCUACGCCCUCCAGGAAGGUCCGGCGGCACCCUCAGGCACCACCGCGUCGGUGUCGGCCAAGCCAACAGAGAUUUCUCCCGAUCCCAGCCUCUACCUCAGAUGGUCUGCACAACUGAGAAGAGGAGCCGGGACUAGGGCAAUAGCACCGUCGGCAUACGGGAGGGCCCCACCUCCACCGUCCACGACAGUAGCCGACCGGACGCCAUGGCAGGAGCCUACCGGGUCCGUGGCCCCACAGGCCCGGCCGGGCCCUCAAAGGCCCGGACAGCUCCCGCCUCCGCGCAGCAGCUGGUAUGCCGUCGGCGUCGCUGUCCCAGUCCAAGCCGCUUCCCUGCCUCCCCAUACAGAGAGCGUCGCUGUCACACCGGAGCCGACCUACAAGGACCCAGAAGGGACCCUACGGGCCCAGAUCUGGGCCGGGGACGCGCCCCCGGCCGGCCAGCACCACCAGACCACCCCGCCGCCAAGAGGCGGCACCACCACGGCGAGCACCGCCGGCCUCCACACCAGGACGCUGGACCGCCACCGGCCGAGGCGCACCGCCGCCGGCCAUCACCGCCCGAGCAGGGGAGGACCGCACGCGGGGAAGGGCAAGCCCACCGCCGCCAGCAUCACGCGGCCGAGGGCCGGCGCCGCAGGCUGA